UGAUCAUUAAGGGGAUGCCACAAUAACUGGCAGAAACGGAAGCUGUUCAUGGAACAGGAGUGUUUUGACCACCGAACAAUUUUUGAGAGGGUAGUGCAGUUGUGAGGCGCCUUUUGAUUUGCACCCGCCUCCUAAGGGCGAGGAGUCUCUUCGGAUUUGCCUCAGCGCAUUGCACUUGAAGAAACCUCUAAAUAUAAACAUUUUUAAAAAGAGAACUCCAAACCGACCCUAUGUGUGUUCCCUAUCACUUCGUGGACAAGAGGCCGACUGAAGAGCAUCCUUUCACUGAGAAGUGGCUGGGCUAUGAUGCUCCAGUACAGAUCAGAAGGCGACAUCUCAUCAGAACAUUAACGCAUACAUAUGAAGACAAUUGUGAUGUGGAGUCUGAUCUGAGUGUGCCAAUGGCACUGCAGCAUAAAGAUGCUGAUACUCAAUGGGAUGUUCCAGCACUGACUGAUCACAGCUAUGUGUCAAGAGAACCAGUCAACAAGCCCAUCUGCCACAAACAAACCCAAUGUGGUGGUGCAGAGUCAUUGACCCACACCAUCCUGAAGAAUGACACUAGCUCAGUGUUGUAUACUGGCCUUCCUCUAAGUGUUUUCUUUAACCAUGUAGCAUUUCUGCAUAAAUUCUACACGGCUAACUUCAAAAUGCAUAUCACUGAUCAAAUACUGAUAACCUUGAUGAAGCUGAAUCUACUCCACAGUGAUAUUGCUGAAUACUUUGCUGUGUCCCAGGGAGUAGUGAGCAGAAUCCUUUCCUACUGGAUUGACACAAUGGAGGAGCUCAUGAGGAUCUACAUUCCAUGGCAGCCGAGGUUAGACAAUCCAGAAGACCCUCAGUGCUUCAAAGAGAAGUUAUCCAACACCACUUGCAUCAUCCACUGCUCUGAGACCAUUCUCCAGAAAGCAGACAAUCUCGAUUCCAGAUGGGAGUCAUACAGCCAAUAUUAUUCCAGCAAUACUCUCAAGUAUUUGGUUGCCAUUGCUCUAUGUGGACUCAUUAUGUUCAUUUCUCCUGCAUAUAGAGGCAGAUGCAGUGACAAGUUCAUCACCCAAAACUCUGGCUUCCUGGAAUACCUUAGGCCUGGCAAUGAAGUUAUGGCUGACGGGCUUCACCAUCCGAGAUCUGCUGUAUGAGAGGAAGGUAAACCUUGCCAUACCAGCCUUCACCCAGAAAGGAGGCCAGCUGUCUGACGAGGAUGUCGCAAGCACAAGAAGGAUAGUUAAUGUGCAUAUACAUGUUUAGAGAGUUAUCAGACUCAAGGUGUUCAAAUCCUCUUCCAGACUGUUCCCAUCAACCUGACACACAAAAUGGACAAAGUCCUUAGAAUCUGUGCAGCCCUUGUUAACAUGCAGGGUGAGAUCAUCCAUGAGGAUGCAGAAUGAGCAGUGAGAAUGUUCAUACAUUUGAAAUGUAACUUUAAACACUAUCAUUUCAUCCAGCUGAGAUACUAUAUAUAUAUAUAUUAGUUUAAUCGGAAUUAUUUGUUCCUAUAUUUGAAAUCUACUGUAAUUUUGCCGGUUCCUGAUAAUUACAGGCAUCCACUAGGUGCUGAUAUAAUGCUUUUUAAAAUCUAUUUCAAAUACAUUUUCUUCAACACAAAUGUCACUAACAGACCAAGAGGGAAGACAAAUGUCAAGUGACACAAUUUUUCUUAAUUUGUGCCCUUGAAAACCAAACCCAGAAUCAAACUGAAAACACCUUUGAAUACUUUAGACAUGCCUCCUCAUCCUUCUUUUCAAAAUGGUAAAUAUCAAAGAAAAGGUCAAAGUGGAGUUUCAUAAUGUUUUUAUUAACUCCGUAAGUUGCUAAGUGCAAGAUGAGUUCACGAAGUGCCAUAUGAAAAAAGAGCUAUACAAGGUACGAUUAAAAUAUUCAUCAA